CACCACCAUAUCUCAACUCCGUAUACUCAACCACUCUGCCAAAACCAGAGCCUCCAAUUAUUCUCCAAAAUGGUAGGAUUCUUCGAUCUCAAGGCCCGCAAGGAAGCAGCCGCAAAUGGCACAACCACAAAAGCUGCACCCACAAAAGAAACUACCAGAUCUCAACCAUGGGUUGAGAAAUAGUACGCGAUCAACACUCGAGAGCUGGCAAAACAUACUUACAAAUUUCCAGUCGUCCCAAAAACCUCAGCGAUGUCACAGCACAAGAUCACACAAUCACCGUUCUCCAGCGAACCCUUCAAUCCUCCAAUGUCAGUCUCAAUGCCACUGUUAGAAACGAAACCACUAAUACUAUCGCAGCUCCCACACAUGCUCUUCUACGGACCCCCAGGUACAGGGAAAACCUCCACCGUCCUCGCCCUAGCCAAAGAGCUCUACGGCCCCGAACUAAUGAAAACUCGUGUCCUCGAACUCAAUGCCUCCGACGAACGCGGAAUCUCCAUCGUCCGUGAAAAGGUCAAGGACUUCGCACGAAUGCAACUCACCCAGCCUUCCGCCGCAUACCGAAAUCUGUACACGUGUCCGCCAUACAAAAUUAUCAUAUUAGACGAAGCAGAUAGUAUGACGCAGGAUGCGCAGAGUGCCCUGAGAAGGACGAUGGAGACGUAUAGCAAAAUUACGCGGUUUUGUCUUAUUUGUAAUUAUGUUACGAGGAUUAUUGAUCCCUUGGCUAGUAGGUGUAGCAAGUUCCGAUUCAAGAGUUUGGAUCAGGGGAAUGCGGUUAAGAGGGUGGAAGAGAUUGCUGCGAAGGAGGGGGUGAAGCUUGAGGAUGGGGCGGUUAAUACGUUGAUUCGGUGCAGCGAGGGAGAUUUGCGGAAAGCAAUUACUUUUUUGCAGAGUGCGGCGAGGUUGGUGGGUGCUGUGGGUGUGGCGGAGAAAGAUGAGGAUGAUAUGGAUGUUGAUGAUGAGAAGAUUGUGACGGUGAAGAGCGUUGAGGAUAUUGCUGGUGUGAUUCCAGAUGAGACGAUUGAUAAAUUGGUGCAAGCUAUGCAACCAAAGUCAAAGAGGAUUGUCUACGAUAAUGUCUCGAAGGUGGUCACGGAUAUGGUUGCCGAUGGCUGGAGUGCUACUCAAGUCGUCACCCAAGUAUGUCCUUUUUCUCAACUUACCAACGUUCCCAUGAGCUAACGCCUUUUAGCUGUUCCAGUCUGUCCUCUACAACGAGGCAAUUCCCGAUGUACAGAAAAACAAAAUCACCUUGGUCUUCUCUGAGGUUGAUAAACGCUUGGUGGAUGGUUCGGACGAGCACAUUACAAUCCUCGAUUUGUCAUUACGAAUCUCAAAUAUCCUGGCUGGGGCAUGAAUGAAGUAAUGAAUGGAAAUCAGGCGUGAUUACGAAGUUGUAUAGCUACGGAUUGCAUGGCGUUUGACGAAAUGAGGACAUGUAGAGUGGGUACCGAAGCAAAAGUGGCUUCAGCGAAGGCUCGCUGCCAAGUAAGAUUUACCUGAUUAAACUUGAUAUACCCAGAAAAUGCAGC